AUGAGCAAAGACAAAGAAAUGAGAGAAAUGCUACAAAUCCAACAACAUGAGGAGAAACCCCCUGAGGAGAAACCCCCUGAGGAGAAACCCCCUGAGGAGAAACCCCCUGAGGAGAAACCCCCUGAGGAGAGCUGGCCUCGGAGUGAAGCCCCGUACAGAGGAGAGAAGUGCGAGCGCAACACGUCGGUCUCUCUCACGUCGGGCUUCAGCCUCCUGCCUGCGCUCACUCAGGACUUCCUCUCCCUCCGUCACUGCCGCCACUUUCCGAUGCUGCUGGACGUCACCGACAAGAGUGAGAAACCCUGGGACGACAUCUUCCUGCUGCUGGUCAUCAAGAGCUCGCCAGAGGGUUUCGAACGACGACAGGUUUGGGACAUUUACAAUAUUUAG